GGGAGCCCCGUCCCGGGUCCCCCCCCACCCCCCCUUUCCUCCUCCUUCCCCCCCACUCCCUCCUCCUCCCCUUUCUCCGCCGGCUGCAACCGAGGAGGUACAGCGGGGCCAGGCCCCGGGAAGCCCAGCCCAGCGGAGCCCUCCCCGCCUCGCCGAGCAGGCCGGGGGGGAAUGAGCCCCCGCUGCCCUGAAGAGCCGCCCGCCGCCGCCUGAGCGGGGAGAGCAGAGCAGCGAGGCCUCACGCCGGCCGGCCAGGCAGGGAGCAGCUCGGGGGGACCGGUCCGGGGGGGUGGCUGGGUGGGGAGGGGGGGGAUCAUGGCUGCUCAGGUCGCCCCCGCCGCCGCCAGCAGCCUGGGCGCCCCGGCUCCAUCCGAGCUGAAGAAAGCGGAGGCGCAGCAGCGGGAUUGUCCCCCGGAGGAGGCGGGGGGUGAGGCGGCGGCGGCGGAGCGCGGCGAGAAGCAGGCGGAGAGCGAGGGCCCGUCGGGGAAGGAGCUGCAGGACGGGGCCGAGAGCAACGGAGGGGGCGCAGGGGCCGAGUCCGACCUGAAGAGCUCGAACGGGAACCCGGGCCCCAGGCCCGCCGCCGCCGCCACCCUGAACAAUAACCUCCCGGAGCCGCCCGGUGGCGGCGGCGGCGGCAGCGACGGGGUGGGGGCGCCGCAGCCGCCGCCGCCGCAGCAGCAGCAGCCGCCCCCUUCCCACCCGGCCGCCUUGCCCCCGCCAGCCUACGGCUUCGGGCAGCCCUACGGCCGGGGCGCCGCCGCCGCUGCCUUCCACCAACAUGGCGGACAACAAAGCCCUGGCAUGGCAGCGCUGCAGAGCGGGGGCCUGGAGCAGAACUACCCGGGGCCGGCGGGAGCCCCCGCGGGGCCGCCCCCUCCGCAGAACUCGCACGGCGCCGGGGCCGAGCACGGCUUCCCCAACCACCAGUACAACUCCUACUACGCGGCCGGGCGCAGCGCCGGCUCCUACCCGCCUCCCCCUCAGGCCUACGCCCUGAGCUCCCCCCGGGGCUCCGCGCCGCCGGCCGCCAAGUCCCCCGCGGCCGCCGCGGCCGCCGCCGCCUUCCAGCAGCAGCAGCAGCAGCGCUUCGGGGUCAUGGGUCCCUCGGCCGCCGGCGGCGCGGGAGGAGGGGGCACCACCCCGCAGCCCACGGCCACCCCCACCCUCAACCAGCUCCUCACCUCCCCCAGCUCCGCCCGCGCCUACCAGGGCUACCCCGGGGGCGACUAUAGCGCCGGGCCGCAGGACGGGGCGGCCGCCGCCAAGGGCGCCGCCGACAUGGUCUCGCAGUACGGCGGGGGCAGCGGCCAGGGCUGGGGAGCAGCGGCCGGCGGGGCCCCGCCGAGGAGCCACCACGCGCCCAUGAGCCCCGGGAGCAGCGGCGGAGGCGGCGGGGGACAGACCCUCGGCAGGAGCCAGCAGCCCUCGAGCCCGAUGGAUCAGAUGGGGAAGAUGAGGCCACAGCCCUACGGAGGGAACAACCCCUACACACAACAGCAGGGACCUCAGGCGGGGCCACAGCAAGGACAUGGCUACCCAGGACAGCCCUAUGGGCCACAGACUCCCCAGAGAUAUCCCAUGGGAAUGCAAAGCAGGACGCAAAGUACGAUGGGCAGCAUCUCAUAUGCACAGCAGAUGCCUCCCUACGGGCAGCAGGGCCCCAGCGCGUAUGGGCAGCAAAGCCAGACUCCAUAUUACAACCAGCAAAGCCCUCACCCCCAGCAGCAGCAGCCUCCAUACUCCCAGCAGCCUCCAUCCCAGACCCCUCACUCUCAGCCUUCUUAUCAGCAGCAGCAACAGCCUCAGUCUCAAGCUCCACAGCUCCAGACAUCGCAGCCGGCGUAUUCCCAGCAGCAAUCCCAGCCGCCCCAUCAGCAGUCCCCGACUCCAUACCCCCAGCAGCAAUCCACAGCCCAGCAGCACCCCCAGAGCCAGCCCCCCUACUCCCAGCAGCAGUCACAGUCGCCGUACCAGCAGCAGCAAACCCAGCAAUCAGCUUCCUCAGCCCUGUCCCAGCAGUCCUCGUCGUACCCCCAGUCCCAGCCGCCGCAGCCGCAGUCUGCGUAUUCCCAGCAACGCUUCCCCCCUCCUCAGGAGUUAUCUCAAGACUCAUUUGGGUCCCAGGCAUCAUCUGCUCCCUCAAUGGCUUCCAGUAAAGGGCAAGAAGACAUGAACUUGAAUCUUCAGUCCAGACCUUCCAGCCUGCCGGACCUGUCUGGUUCCAUAGAUGAUCUGCCCAUGGGUACCGAAGGAGCCCUGAGCCCUGGCGUAAGCACAUCAGGGAUUUCCAGCAGUCAAGGAGAGCAGAGUAACCCAGCUCAGUCUCCUUUCUCGCCACAUACCUCUCCUCACCUGCCAGGCAUCAGAGGACCCUCCCCAUCCCCAGUUGGAUCUCCAGCCAGUGUUGCUCAGUCCCGCUCUGGGCCACUCUCACCUGCUGCAGUACCAGGCAAUCAGAUGCCACCCCGACCGCCCAGCGGCCAGUCGGACACCAUCCUGCAUCCUUCCAUGAACCAGUCCAGCAUCGCCCAGGAUCGAGGUUACAUGCAGAGGAACCCUCAGAUGCCCCAGUACAGCUCCCCCCAGCCCGGCUCAGCCUUAUCCCCCCGGCAGUCCUCCGGGGGCCAGAUGCACGCCGGGAUGGGGCCGUACCAGCAGAACUCCAUGGGAAGCUACGGACCCCAGGGUGGGCAGUACGGACCUCAAGGAGGUUAUCCCAGGCAGCCAAACUACAAUGCCAUGUCCAAUGCCAACUACCCCAGCCCGGGCAUGGGAGGAAGCAUGAACCCCAUGGGAGCAGGGAGCCAGAUGCACGGGCAGACUGGUGUGCCCCCGUACAGCGGGAUCCCCCCGGGCAGGAUGAGCCAUGCAGCCAUGGGGAACAGGCCCUACGGACCCAAUAUGGCAAAUAUGCCCCCCCAGGUGGGCACAGGGAUGUGCCCCCCGCCCGCCGGGAUGAACCGCAAAGCACAAGAGGCAGCUGCUGCUGCCAUGCACGCUGCUGCCAACUCCAUCCAGAACAGGCCUCCUGGUUAUCCCAACAUGAAUCAAGGGGGCAUGAUGGGCACUGGGCCUCCUUAUGGACAGGGAAUUAACAGUAUGGCUGGCAUGAUAAACCCCCAGGGCCCACCCUACCCCAUGGGUGGGAAUAUGGCCAACAACUCUGCAGGGAUGGCAGCAAGCCCUGAAAUGAUGGGACUUGGGGAUGUCAAGUUAACACCUGCAACUAAAAUGAACAACAAGGCAGAUGGGACGCCAAAAGCAGAAUCCAAGUCAAAGAAGUCCAGUUCCUCUACUACAACCAAUGAGAAGAUCACCAAACUCUACGAGCUGGGUGGGGAGCCCGAGAGGAAGCUGUGGGUGGAUCGUUACCUGGCCUUCACCGAGGAGAAGGCCAUGGGAAUGACCAACCUCCCUGCAGUGGGCAGGAAACCCUUGGACCUUUACCGGCUCUACAUCUCCGUGAAGGAGAUUGGAGGAUUGACUCAGGUCAACAAGAACAAGAAAUGGCGCGAGUUGGCCACAAAUCUCAACGUGGGCACGUCCAGCAGUGCAGCCAGUUCCUUGAAGAAGCAGUACAUCCAGUGUCUCUAUGCCUUCGAGUGCAAGAUUGAGCGAGGAGAAGACCCCCCUCCUGAUAUCUUUGCAGCUGCUGAUUCAAAGAAGUCUCAGACUAAGAUACAGCCUCCAUCUCCAGGUGAGUUCAGACACUGGUUUAAGGUGUGCAGUGGAUGUGUGAACUGGAGGGUCUCUGGCACUGUGCACCCCACCCCAUGUGCUGUGGGUCCAAACUUCCACAAAGCCCCCAGAUGUUCUCUGUGGUGGUGGGACUGUUUGGAGAUGCUGCGUGAGAAUACACUGGUCACGUUGGCCAACAUUUCCGGGCAGCUGGACCUCUCCCCUUACCCGGAAAGCAUCUGUUUGCCUAUCCUGGAUGGACUCCUCCACUGGGCAGUGUGUCCGUCAGCAGAGGCCCAGGAUCCCUUCCCGACACUGGGGCCCAACGCUGUCCUCUCCCCUCAGAGACUGGUUUUGGAAACACUCAGCAAACUCAGCAUCCAGGACAACAACGUGGAUUUGAUCCUGGCGACUCCCCCGUUCAGCCGCCUGGAGAAGCUGUACAGCACCAUGGUGCGGUUCCUCAGUGACAGAAAGAACCCGGUGUGCCGGGAGAUGGCCGUGGUACUACUGGCCAACUUGGCACAGGGGGACAGCCUGGCGGCGAGGGCCAUCGCCGUGCAGAAGGGCAGCAUUGGCAACUUGCUGGGCUUCCUGGAGGACAGCCUGGCAGCCACGCAGUUCCAGCAGAGCCAGGCCGGGCUGAUGCACAUGCAGAACCCGCCCUUCGAGUCGACGAGCGUGGACAUGAUGCGCCGAGCCGCCCGGGCCCUGCUGGCCCUGGCCAAGGUGGACGAGAACCACUCGGAGUUCACGUUGUACGAGUCGCGGCUGUUGGACAUCUCCGUGUCGCCUUUGAUGAACUCUUUGGUUUCACAAGUUAUUUGUGACGUACUGUUUUUAAUUGGCCAGUCAUGACAGCUGUGGGAUCCGAGACCCUGUGUGCGUGUGCGUGAGUGGAGAACUUAGAAACUGACUGUUUGCCCUUUAUUUAUGCAAAACCACCUCAGAAUCCACUGUCUGCCCUGCGCUGUCCUGCUUCUCCCUCGGGGAAAGAUGUCCCUGGCCCCUCUCCCCUUUCCCCUGCCCUUCAGAAUUUGUCCUGAAAUCCCUUAUUAAAGGAGACAAAGUUCUGUCUACAUAGAAGACUUUUUUUAUUUUAACCAAAGUUACUGUCGUUUACAGUGAGUUUGGGGAAAAACGACUUGCCGUGUUAUCCCAUUGACAGGCACCACUUUCAUAACUGUUUUUAAAUGGUAAAAAACUCUGAAGGACAAAAAAAAAAAAAAGUGACUGCUGAACUCUGUGUGGUUUAUCGUUGUACAUUCACAAUCUUGCAGGAACCAAGAAGUUACCAGUUGUGAACAGACCUUGUCCAAGGGAGGCCUGUGCAGUAGCGUGUAGAACUCCAUGUACUGUACACCUUAAACUGUAAACAUACUGUAAUAAUGUCUCACAUGGAUUAAAAAAAAAAAAAAGAAAAAAAGAAAAAAACGCUGGAUCAGCAGCAAGCUGUAGUUUUUAAAAAUGUUUUUAGUUAAUGUUGAGGAGAAAAAAAAAAAAAGGCUUUUCCCCCAAAGUAUAAUGUGUGAACCUACAACACCCUGACCUCUUUCUCUCUUCCUCCUUGAUUGUAUGAAUAACCCUGAGAUCACCUCUUAGAACUGGUUUUAACCUUUAGCUGCAGCCCGAGAGCUGCCACGUGUGUAUAUAUAUAUGACGUUGUACAUUGCACAUACCCUGAGACUCCUGCAGUUUUGUCCCCCUCUCCCCACCCCUUUAUAGUAUGACGAGUUAACGAGUUGAUGACCUGCAAAAGCGAGACACAAUUAUUUAAUCUCUUGCCAGACAUCCCUCCCUGGAGGAUGCUGUACAGGUCUCUGUGUAUAAAGUCAUUGCUGUCUCAGCAGCCAAUCAACUUAUAGUUUAUUUUUUCCUGUUUUUGUUUUCUUUCUAAUCGAGGUGUGAAAAAGUUCUAGGUUCAGUUGAAGUUCCUGAUGAAGAAACACAAUUGAGAUUUUUCAGUGAUGAAUUCUGCAUAUUUGUAUUUCAGACGAUGUAGCUAAAAACUUGAUGUAAAUUCCUCCCUUUUUUCCUUUUUUGGCUUAAUGAAUAUCAUUUAUUCAGUAUGAAAUCUUUAUACUAUAUGUUCCACGUGUUAAGAAUAAAUGUACAUUAAAUCUUGGUAA